UCUUAUGCAUGCGCUCAUUUCAAAAACUCACUAACAGUCUUUGGUUUCUCAGUCGACGAAAAGAUCCUCUUUAGCACCUUUAAUGCACAAAUAACUAAGACUAAAAUAAAGGCCUACUUAAGUGUACUUAAAGAGGUUACACUUUCAUGACAAUAUAAUUUCUUAACACGGUUAAGUUAUAAUGAUUUGAAGGUGAAGUGUUAGAUUUUAUGUUCAAAUAAAUUCUCUUAACCUGGAUUAUCGUUCAUUGACUAGUAUUUGUUUAUUCAAGGGUUUAUCUUCAUUAAAAGGGUGAACAUUGAGACCCCCGAUCUCUGUUCAGAUCUCUCUGUCAGUCUGAACAAAACAUACACACAAAAUGAUCCCAAAAUCCCAGGUUCGACAAAAAUGGCACUGCUCCAUAUGUGUUCACGGUGUGUGUGUGUUCAAUUGUAACUGCUGUGUGUGUGUACAUGGAUGGGUGAAAUGCAAGCACAAGUUCCGAAUAUGGGACACCAUACUUGGCCACAUGUACAAAAACAUUGCAUGCAAUUAGCACUUAAGUAUAUCCUAUUAAAGUAUAUAAUUCCCAUGAUAAGUGCUCUGGUUUACAAGUAUGUUUGAUCAUAUAAUCACAGGGCAAUUAUAGCCCUUGAGCAUACAUAGAGCGAUGAAUGUAGCUAGGCCAAAGGUGGAGAAGGGGAGGAGGAGGGAUGGUUGAGCUAUGUCAUCGUAAAAGAAGGUAAGUUAAAACGCUGCUUCGUGUUUAGAUGCACGUGCUCCUUUCAAACUUGCAUCAUGGACUUCAUUUAAAAGAAUGCUAUACAGACUCUUUCACAAGAAUCAGUUUUGUCUUGUUUUAUAGUUAUUCAAACUAAUUUGUUGUUCCUAUUAUUUAUUUGUCUCCUAGGUGAUGUAUCUAAAGGAUUGAGUCAACUAGAUACUGACUACUGUAAUUCUCUUCCCUACAAUCCCGUAAAUCAGAUUUGUUGUAAUGGCACCAUUCAGACUCGAAGCAGUGCUCACACAGCAUGCUGUGGUCAAGACUUGUACAUAACAACAACUCAGACGUGUUGUGGUGGCAACACAACCCUUGAACUGAAGGAAGAUCUCUCUUGUUGUGGCAAUAAAUCAUUUAACAGGAUGACCCACUGCUGCUGUUUUAAAAAUGACACUCUUGAAGUGAAUCUCAAAGAUGAAAAAUGCUGUCUGACACCUCCAAAAGAAGCUGAAUUAAAAUCCCCAGAGUAUAUCAGUUGCUCAGGAAUAAAUUACAAGAGGGAAUCAGGUCUUACUCAGUGCUGUGGAAAAAAUCUCUACAGUCUGUCAGAUGUCAAUGUGCUGUGCUGUAAUGGAAUCCUUCAUCUCAAUGUGCCUGAGCAGUCAGAGUGUGUCGGAGGUCUAAUAUAUACUCAAAAACAGCUCAAAAUGAGCUGUGGCUCACAAAUAUAUGACCACCACAAACAGAGAUGCUGCUCGGGUGAUCUCUACAACACAAGUAAAGCAGAAUGCUGUGGAAACCUCUUGCUGGAACAUAAUAGCAACAAAAUUUGCUGUUCUUCCUCAACCCAUGCCAUGCUUCACGACACCAAACCAAAUCACUUUUGCUGUGGGCAUUACUACUACAACGCGUCCCUGUGGAGCUGCUGUGCUGAACAUCUCAAACCAACACCAAGCCAUAAUAGCUUUCAUCCAGAAUACAGACUUAAACCGCUAACGGAUCUGAUUCCUGACAUAUGCCAUAAAACAGUGCUCUUUGGCAAAGUGGAGAGUGUGGUACUUCAGAAUAAUCAGCGUCACAUUGUGGUGAGAGUCAUUGUGAAGGUCAGCGGGAUAUCAGAAGGGCCUUUACUUUACGUGAUCCUGGAUCACUGCAGCUCUCCAGUGCUAGAGAAUGGCAUGACCUACCUUUGGGAGACAAACAACAACAACAACAACAACAACAACAACAGAGAGUACAAGCCUCUCUCCAUCCCUGUUGAUGUAACCACUGAUAUUCACAUGUUCUUUACAGCAUGUAACCUAAAUCUCAUGAAGGCCUUAAGUGUCAACACCUGUUCACAAAUGCUCUGUAUUCAGGGUGGAUUUUUAUAUCAGGGAAACUUUUGAAUAGCAUCCUUUUGGUGCCAUUUAUGUUUUUACCUUUUAUACAGAUAACACCGCAUUUCCUUUAUUAAGAUUUAUUAAGCAAGUUUUUAUGAAUUAAGCUAUAACAACAUAAUAUAUCUGUGCAAAUGUUACUUUGAAGUGACUUGAAUGAGCAGGAUAGUUUAAAGAUGUCUUUCCUUGAUUCCUUUGUCUUAUAUCCUUGCAUUCUAUAGCUUAUACGGUCACAAAAUUCAGUGUAACAGAAAUAUUGGCCUGACUAGACCUUUCUGGUGCAAUUUAUCUCACAUUAAGUAUUAAUAUGUCUGGAAUACAUCAUUACUUACCAAACGUAAGUUGGCCGAACUUUUAUCAAUCAGGUAACUUUAAAAAGUUAAACUACUAUGAAAAUGUGAGCACAGAGAGAUUAUGAAUUAUCUAUUAUUUAAUAUUAUGUACUGUAUUUGAUAUUUAAUCAACCUCAGGUCUAUUCCAAUUUACACACAGGUUUUACAGUCCAAGUAAAAAAGGUGCUUUGAUGAUGUUUGAUUCAUUUUUGUUUUUAUAAAGAAAAGAAUUGUUCAUUUAAAAGCUAAAAGUGGCUUGCGUCCUAAUUCAUCAUUUAGAAGACAACUACAUUAAAUUUUAUUUUGCAUAUUAGCUCAACCAUACAUUUGUUAUACCAUUACUUGACUGAUUUGUUUAAUAUUGUAUCUUGUGUGAAUACAUAAUAUACACUUCAUCUGUUAUAAUCGUGCAGCUACUAUAUACCAUAUAUAAACUGUAUUUAUGCUAUAUACAAUUUUAAAAAACAAACGUUUCAUGCAGCUUUCAUAUUUGUUGUUUUUACAGUUUCAGUAUAUUUGUGAUACAGUUAGACAUGGAAUUUUUCAGCAGGUAUAUUGUCAUUUGUAAAUGUACCAAUCAAACCAUUUAUUUCAAAAUAAAUAUAUUUGUGAUCAUUGUGAGCAGUGUUUUUUUAUAUGUAUAAAGUGCUCAACAACCUAAUAUUCAUCUUUACAUAAUGGGUUUAUAAUAUAGUGGCAUCUAAAACAUACAUUAACCCAACUGAGAGGUAGAGUGAGCAUAACAAUGUUAUGACUGACACAGUGAGUAUUUGCAUUGAUAAAAUAAGAAAGAUUGGAUAUGGAAUUACGAUUCUGAUUGCCAUUACUGUGAAGCAAGCAGAGAGGUUCCUGAAGAAGAUACAAGAAAUGAGGACUCAUGGGGAAAUGGUUAUACCAGCAUGGUCUAUUCACUAGAAUUUUUACUAAAAAUAGUAGUUUUUAGAUAACAUAUCUAUUUACAUAUUUCCAGUAUGAUGGGCGAGGCUUAACAAGGCUUAAGCUGACUGUUUUUUACACAGUUGUGCUGCAUCCAAAAUCUCAUACUUCCCUAUUAUAUAGUAGUAGGGGAAAAAAUAACUAAAAAAACUACUAUAUG